GCAGCCCCUAAGCAGGAGGAGGAUUUUCUUUGGGAGACUGGAUCGGUAUUCAACCCCCCUGAGAACUAGGGAGCACGAUCAAGGGAAUCGACUGUGGUUGGAGCAGACAGUAAAAAGCAAGAGUUUUAAAAAAUCACAUCAUGACUCUGAACAAUGUUACAAUGCGUCACAGCAGCAGCAGCGCCUUGCAGCCGCAGCAGCAGCGCUGGAGCAUCCCAGCAGAUGCAAGGCACCUGGUAGUCCAGAAAGACCCCCAGGAGUGCAUCCGACACAAAAGGUACACCAUGAGCCCUGAAGAGUAUUACCGAAGAAGCUGGUCAUCAGAGUCUUCCGAUUCCGUCAUCUCCUCCGAGUCAGGAAAUACCUACUACCGGGUGGUGCUCAUUGGGGAACAAGGAGUUGGCAAAACCACCAUUGCAAACAUCUUUGCAGGUGUGCACGACAGCAUGGACAGUGACUGCGAAGUCCUGGGAGAAGAUGCCUAUGAACGAACCCUGCUGGUAGAUGGUGAAAGUGCCACAAUCAUCCUUCUUGACAUGUGGGAAAACAAGGGUGAAAAUGGAUGGCUUCAGGAUCACUGCAUGCAAGUUGGAGACGCCUAUUUGAUUGUCUAUUCCAUCACGGACCGCUUAAGCUUUGAGAGAGCCUCUGAGCUCAGAAUCCAGCUCCGCAGGGCACGUCAGACAGAAGACAUCCCCAUUAUUUUAGUUGGCAACAAAAGCGAUCUCGUCAGGUGCCGCGAAGUUUCUGUUUCAGAAGGCAGAGCCUGCGCUGUUGUGUUUGACUGUAAGUUCAUUGAGACCUCGGCAGCUGUCCAGCACAAUGUGAAGGAACUCUUUGAAGGUAUUGUUCGUCAAGUGCGGCUAAGAAGAGACAGCAAAGAAAAGAACGAGAAGAGGCUGGCGUAUCAGAAGAGGAGAGAAAGCAUUCCUAAGAAAGCCAGGCGCUUCUGGGGCAAAAUUGUAGCCAAGAAGAACAAGAACAUGGCCUUCAAACUCAAAUCCAAGUCUUGCCACGAUCUCUCUGUCCUUUAGGAUCAUUGGACCAUCUUCUUCAUAAACAUUACUCAACUCCAUUUUGAACAAUAAAUCAAUCUAUAUUAGAUUGGUCAACAAGAAAUCUAAGACUGACUUGGAUUCACCAUCAUGAAUAUUGUGAUGAAAUGUGCCAGCAAUAAGCACAGCCUAAUGCAUGCAUGGAUGAAGAAAUGGCAUUUAUACUUCUGGGUUUAUAGGGUGUGUGUGUGUGUGAGUGAGUGAGAGAGAGAGUGAGUGAAUGUAUGGGUGGGGGAGAGAACUGUGUCUUAUUCACAAGAACAUUCCAAACUUAUAAUGAGAUGUGUGAAAGCACAGAUGCUUUCCCUCAUUGCCUUUUGGAGAAUGGCCUAGGAAUAGAAAAACAAUGGAGGACAUGGUUUCAUUAUUAUUUCUUACUGAUUUUUUGAACCAGUGAAAAGGGGAUUAGACACUCGCAGAGAUAUUUUCUUCCCAGCCAACCAGUUGCUUUGAUUUUCUUAACUACCCACAGUUUGACAUCAUCAUCUAUCCAAUGGCUAGGGAGACAUCAACAACAUUCAAUUAAUCAGAUGUUUGGAUAAAUGGGAGUGCUGUUCAGAGAGGUUUACACUGCCUUGGAACAAUAUGGAAGACCAGUCUGAAUUUCAGUAAUGAGAAGAUUUGAAUAACUGGGGUUUGAAUAAUGCAAAUUUACUGCAUAACCAUAAAAUAAACAUUGACGUAUUUCUUUGUUACAUCUACAGCCAUUCAGUUCUCUUAAGAAACAGUUACAGGAGAAACCUGUAAUAUAACUUUCUCUUGUGUCAUACGGAAUUGUUUAUAACGCUAGAAAAAGUAGGAAAAAUUAAGUGCAAGCUGCCAAUUUUCAAACAACAAAUUCUUUUAUAAGAAACCACAAAGAUUUUGUGCUUAAGAUCUAGUGUUUCCAUGACGCCAAAAACAACUGUUUGUAUUUAUUAUCUUUCAAAUAUUAAUUGUGUUUUUAAUAGAUGAAUUGUAGGGAUGGGAUGGAUACAGUGCUGAAAUGUAUUUAUUAAGUGCAUUCUUAAGGAAAAUGUUGAUUUUAUUACUGUUUACUAUAUGAUAUCUUUUUUGAAUUAAGCAACAUUUUAUUUAUAUGCCUUGUAAUAAUAAAUCUAUAAAAGGUU